UUUACUUCCUUUUUCUCUUCUCCUCUCUGCUUUUAUCUCUUUAAACGUCGUCGUUUCUCUACCGCCGCUGCUGCUGCUCAGACUUCCUUUUUACAGCUUUUUCGGUCGAUCGGUUUGUUUUCAGACCAUAUCUCAAAGUCAAGUCUACUCGAUCCAGUUUUUUUUUUUGCAGUUGCUUAGACGGGAAAAUGUUGGAGGCUCCAAAGUUUGCAGGACUUAUAGACUUAAAUGAAAACCCUGAUCAUUAUGGACUCUCACAAAAUUUUUACCAUAAGCUUGAUGAGGGAUCACACAUGUCAAUCGAUAGUUAUGGGAGCUUGCAGAUGAGCAAUGGUGGAGGUUCAGUUGCAAUGUCCAUGGAUAACAGCAGUGUUGGAUCAAAUGAUUCGCACACUCGUAUUUUAAAUCAUCAGGGUCUUAAGCGUGUUCACAAUAACUAUUCAGUUGCAGCUAGUGUAAAUAAGGGAAAAGCUUUGCAUGGGUUGAGUGAUGAUGCCCUAGCUAAAGCGUUGAUGGAUCCUCGAUUUCCUACCAAUGGGCUUGAGAAUUAUGAUGAGUGGACAAUUGAUUUGAGGAAGCUCAACAUGGGGCCAGCUUUUGCUCAAGGGGCUUUUGGGAAACUAUACAAAGGAACUUAUAAUGGUGAGGAUGUUGCUAUCAAGCUUCUAGAGAGGCCGGAUAAUGAUCUUGAGAGGGCUCACUUGAUGGAGCAACAGUUUCAGCAGGAAGUUAUGAUGUUGGCAAGGUUGAGACAUCCAAAUAUUGUUCGGUUUAUCGGUGCAUGCCGUAAACCCAUGGUGUGGUGUAUUGUCACUGAAUAUGCUAAAGGAGGAUCAGUUCGUCAGUUUCUCACUAGGCGACAAAAUCGAUCUGUUCCCUUGAAGUUAGCAGUGAAGCAGGCCUUGGAUGUGGCAAGGGGUAUGGAAUAUGUGCAUGGCCUGAAUCUGAUACAUCGUGACCUGAAAUCUGACAACCUACUAAUUUCUGCUGAUAAAUCAAUCAAGAUUGCGGACUUUGGGGUUGCUCGUAUUGAGGUGCAGACAGAAGGAAUGACACCAGAGACUGGAACAUACCGUUGGAUGGCUCCGUAAGGCUCUAACCCUUUAGCUGCCUCAUUAAAUGUGAUUGCCUUAUUUACUGUUACCUUUGUCAAAAAAAAUGCGAUUGUCUUAUUCUAGCCUGGUCUUUUGGCAAAACCAUAAUACUGAGUUUUUAUUUCUUUUUCAAUAUGUUAAAUAUUAACCAUAACACAGAGCUAUUUCGGCUGUUCCAUAGAUUCUUUAAUGGUUUUAGUUUCCUUCAUUUCAUAGAAUUCAUUCAAAUGUCUUG